CACCUUGAAUUUCAGUGGAGUUCAGUAGACCACAGCAAGAUUUAUUUUGUUAAUUUUUUUAAAAUAAAGUAUAUAAGUGUGGUAUAUUAAAAUGGCGAAAGUGAAAAAUAAGAGAAAUUCUGGUCUCGCUGACAAAGUUCACAACAAAAGGAAGACAGAAAUUAACAAGAAAAAGAUGAAUCCAUUCGAAGUUCAUAUUAACAGAGAGAAAUUGAAGGUUUUGGGCAAAAAGUCGAAGCAUGACAGGGGAUUGCCUGGUGUUUCUCGAGCUAAAGCUAUACAGAAGAGAAAAGAGACGUUAGGAACAGAAAUGAAGUUGAUGCACAAAACAAACGCGUUUAUUGACCGACGUAUCGGAGAGAAGGACACUCAGUUGUCGGCUGAAGACCGCAUGGUGGCCAGAUUUGCGGCCGAGAGAGCUAAACAACACAACAAGAAGAAUAUCUACAAUCUAGCUGACGAUGAGGUUUUGACGCACAGAGGCCAAACACUGGAGCAGAUAGAAAAGUUUGAUGAUCCCAGAUCUGAUGAUGAAGAAGAUGAAGAUGGCAGGAAGUUUGGUGGACUAGGAGAUGAUUUCGUAGCAGAAGGCCACUUUGGUGGUGGAAUGCUAACCAAAACAGACUCAAAGGACGGAGCGAAAUCACACAAGGACUUAAUAGAGCAGCUGAUAGCCGAAUCAAAGAAAAGAAAAGCAGAGAAACAGAAAGAAAAAGAACAAACGCUAGAUUUGACAGAGAAAUUGGAUACAGAGUGGAAAGAUCUCCAACCAGUUGUGUUUAAGAAAAUGAGAACAGAAGAGAAAGAGUCAGCAAUUGAGAAGUUAUUGAGUCAAGCGGAGAAGAAGAGUAUGGAUUACGAUAAAAUGAUGAGGGAAUUGAAAUUUGAGAAAAGAGGCACUCCUUCAGAUGGUUUGAAGAACGAUGAAAAGCAAGCUAAAGAAGAGUUAGCGCGAUUGGAACAACUGGAGAAGGAGAGGCAAUUGAGAAUGAUGGGUGAUUCAGAGAAGGUUGUGGUCAAAGCUCAGCAGACUGCUACUAAACAUAGAUCUGCAGAAGACUUGGACGAUAAUUUCGAGCUGGACAAUGAACAUGACUUCAUGUUGGCUUAUGAUAAAGAUGGAAAGCCUUUAGUGCCUGAAAAUGUGCUGAAAGAUUUUUCAGUUCCAAACGCAAAGCCGAAAUUUGACGAUGGCAUAUCAGACACUUCUGAUGAAGAUGAUGAAGGGAAAGACGCCAGUGAUGAUGAUGAUGAUGAUGACGACAAUAAUGAUGAAAACGGGAAUGAUUCUGAAGCUGAAUCUAAUGACGGCAGUGACGAUAGUGAUGACGAAGAAAAAACAACAAAUAAAAGAGUUAAAUUAAUAUCUAAUAACAAACAUGGCGACUCUGAUUCAGAUGAAGAAUCUAGUGAUGAUGAAAAACCAGAAAUAAAAACUAAACCUAAAGAUAAAGCCAAACCAGUAGAAAAGAAUAUUAAAAAGCAAGAUAAUAAAACUGUAAAUAAAGAUGAUGAUAAAACAAUACUGUUUCAAAAUUCAAAAGAUGAUGAUGAAUCUGGAGAAGAUGAAGAAAGUAGUGAAGAAGAAAGUGGUAGUGAGGAAGAUGGGGAAGGAAAUGAAAUAGACUUGAAUGAUUUGAAGGAUUUAAAGGAAUCUGAUGUUGAGAGUGAUGAUGAAGUUUUGGAAGAUGUGGAGAAUAUUGGGUCUUUCUUUGAUUUUAAGGCUGGAGAAGCUGAUAAAUUAAAGGAACUCCUAACUGGUAAAACACCGGCCCAACAAUCCAGUGCCUUACAAAGUCUUAUAAAAAGUUACGAUCCAAGUCUCGCAGAAAAUAACAAAGAUAAACUAAGCAAACUCUUUGCGUACAUGCUACAGUACAUAAACGAUAUAUUCACUAAUUUAAAAGAAGAAAGUGACGUUAUCAAAUCUUUUCUUAUUUUUGACAGAUUAGCCCCACAUUUCUAUGAUUUAGCCCACACAAAUAAAGUGUCAACAAAGAAAUAUAUUGUAGAACUAUUAAAAGAAAAAUACGGUAAUUUCAAAAAGAGACAAAAACGUGUCCCAGAUAUGGAUACGUUGAUAUUUUUCAAAUUAAUAUCUAUAUUGUAUCCGACGUCGGAUUUCCGACAUCCAGUUACGACGCCAUCUUUGAUUUUCAUGUCAGAAAUCUUAACUUAUUGUAGGUUUAACGACGCGUAUUCUUUAUCAAGAGGUUUAUUUGUUACCACAUUAAUUUUAGAAUAUACAAUGCUAUCGAAAAGAUUAGUGCCAGCAGCUAUUAAUUUUCUACGAGGCAUUUUAUAUUUAAGCGCGAAUACUUCCAUUUUAAAUCCAAUACAAGUUGUCCCGCCUUUUAGAUUACACAAAGAUUCAAAUCUUUUGAAUUUAGAAGAGAACUGUUCUAAAAAAGAUGUCGAUAGCAAGAUGGCGGCUCGCGAUUUGACUCUAACAGAAUUGAACGAUGAUUUCAAAAUACGUAUUCUAUCAUCAAGUAUGGGGAUUUUAAAAGAAUUUUUCGACUAUUUCAAUGAUAUAGAGGCCCAAGUUUAUUUAUUUGAACCACAUUUAAGGUUAAUAGGUAGGAUUGAUUUGGAUAUGUACCCGAUUAAAGUAGCGCAUAGAGUAAAUCAGAUUGUUAAGUAUAUGAGGGCUGGAUUAGAGGUGAAAACGUUUACGCCUCUGUGCAGAGAGAAAAAGAGGCCGAAGGCUUUGAGGCUGUAUGAGCCAGAUAUACAAGAAGUUUUCACCGGCAGCAAGAGUUCUAAACUAUCUCGCGAACAGGCAGAAUCCCAACGUCUUAAGACUAAGUACAAGAAGGAAAUGAAGGGCGCACUCAGAGAGAUCAGACGCGACAAGUCCUACAUCGGUUCUGUUAAAAUACGACAGAAGAUUCAUAGCGACAACAUAAGAAGAGAGAAGGUGAAACAGAUAUACAAGGACGCGUCAAUACAGCAAGGAGAGCUCAACAAAAUAAAACGCGGGAAAUGAUAAUAUCUGUCUGUAUAUUUGUUAAAUAAAAUUAACUUGAACUAUA